GACUCAUUCACUGUGGAAGUAAAUAAAAAAUAUCUAUGGAGAACACUGAAAAUUCAGUGGAUUCAAAAUCCAUCAAAACUUCAGAGACAAAGAUCUUACAUGGAAGCAAAUCAAUGGACUCUGGAAUAUCCUUGGAAGAGAGAUACAAAAUGGAUUAUCCUGAAAGGGGUGUAUGUAUAAUAAUUAAUAAUAAGAACUUCCAGAAAGAUACUGGCAUGGAAUGUCGAUCUGGUACAGACGUGGAUGCAGCAAACAUCAUGGAAACCUUCAUGAACUUGAAAUAUGAAGUCAGGAUUAAAAAUGAUCUUACAUGUAAAGAAAUGUUGGAAUUAAUGAGCAACGUUUCUAAAGAAGACCAUAGCAGAAGGAGCAGUUUUAUUUGCGUACUUCUAAGCCAUGGUGAAGAAGGAAUCAUUUUUGGAACAAAUGGACCCGUCAGUUUGAAAAAAUUAGCAAGUUUCUUCAGAGGGGACUAUUGCAGAAGUCUGACUGGAAAGCCCAAACUUUUCAUUAUUCAGGCCUGCCGAGGCACAGAACUGGACUGUGGCAUCGAGACAGACAGUGGUGCUGAGGAUGACAUGGCCUGUCAGAAAAUCCCGGUUGAGGCAGACUUCUUGUACGCAUAUUCUACAGCACCUGGUUACUUUUCCUGGCGAAACUCAAAGUAUGGAUCCUGGUUCAUCCAGGCUCUUUGUGAGAUGCUGAAAAAGCACGCUCGCGACCACGAGCUCAUGCACAUUCUUACUCGGGUUAACCGAAAGGUAGCGAUAGAAUAUGAGUCCUUCUCCACUGAUUCUACUUUUCAUGCAAAGAAACAGAUUCCUUGUAUUGUGUCUAUGCUCACGAAAGAUCUGUAUUUCUAAUCACUAAAGACACAGAUGAUUUUUGUUUUUAAUUUGUGUGCCAGGUGAGCAAACGGUGUAACUGGUACUAUAUUUUCCUCUCACUUCUAAGUCUAACCUGAUGACCCAGGUGAUAACUUUGAAACAUGCUGACUUCCUAGCAAUAAAACUACUAUGCAGCUACCUCAAACACAAUUGGGUAGUUGAGACUGAGUUUAAUGAAGAUGAAAUAAAAAUGGAUCGUGGAAAUCAUUAUGAGAAGAAAAUGACUGUAAAUUAGCACUUCUCUUAAUUAGCAAGGUUUAGCGCCGAUGCUAUGCUACACAUUUUCAAGCAAUGAUGGAAAAAGUUAAACACUGCAGUAGUGUAUUUCAGUGAUGUGGGUAUGCCACUGUAUCAGAGAACAUGUGAUGGUUUUUGUCAAACAACAGCAAUGAUGAUAUGGAACGAUGUAUACUAGAACUUGGUGGUACAUACGUGUCAUCUAAGCCUUGAAGACCUUGAUCUUAAGACAAUGGUAUUUUUACAUCACCUAUUUGAGCUCAUGGUUUUGUGAUAUUUAUGCUGAGCAUGUCUUUGUUGUUUUUAAAAAAAUCAUGUUUUAGCAUUGAAAAAGAACUAAAUGUUUUACUUGGGAAGGUAUGAGAAAACUAAGUUGACCCUUGAGGGUAAAUGCAGGAAUCAUAAAGGGAGACAGAUUGAGGACUAUAAGGUGCUGAAAUGCAACUCUUCGACCAGCUGCUGGGCCUCGCAUACCUGCAGAAUAUCUAAAGUCUCUUCUGUCAAAACCUCAGACCUCGAUCACACUGGUAAGAGCGUGAAUUAAAGAAAUUCUAUAGGGACAUACGUACUAAAACACAACUUAAAGAAUAAACAGUGAGGUAUAAGGAAGAAAGAGUCAGCCAGUCAGUUGGGCACUCCAUAAUUAGAAGACAGCUUGAGCCUGACCAGGGACACUGCACAGCCUCUGUGGGGUCAGAGCCAUAGAUUACAGCUUCAGGAAAAAAAUGCAGGCUAGAUUCUUCACAGCUGCGGGUGUGUGUGGAAGCUCCAAGAAAGUGAAUCAAAUUAAACUUCUGAACUGGAAAUUUUCCAAAGAUGUUAAGAGUCAUCAUAAAAAUCCUAGCCCUCUAAUUUUUAUUUCAAAUGAUGGCUUUUAAUUGGAUGUUAAAGCAAACUCUUAUCUGCCUUUCUGCAGAUAGCCCAUUUUAUAAAAUAGACUUGACAUCACUACCUCUGAAUAUCAGUCCACUUCUUACUUGACGCUGGCGGGGAGAAGAUCUGCGGUUUUCAGCUUAAUCGGAAUUGUGUAAAUUAAUGCUUAAGUACCUGAGUAUGGUUUACAAGAGGCUUUGAGUUUGGGGAAAACUCUUAAGAUUUCUCUUUCCCCUUCAUGGUUAACACGGUCUCAGUCACCUUUGCUGUGUGUGGGCAUGGAUGUGCCCAAGUGUGCACCUGGCCACUGAACUUUGUCCAGGAGCUACAGUACUCCUGAAGAACAAGUCCUGAACUCAUUCCAGAACGUCCUUUUCUGCCAUCCGUGAAUGUCAGCCCGUAAAAGCAAUUUCAUUAGCAUUUCCUCAUUUUCCAGUAUAAGCAGUGAAUGUGGCCUGAUGGUCUGGACCCUCAUCUAUCCUUUGCAGAAGAUGGGAAAAAAAAUCAUAGCACUCUUGGCAGUAAAAUUUCUGAGCAUGUUAACUUUUAUUCUGUUGACGUUUACAAUCAAGGGAGAAUGGUACAGUUGUGAUUGUAUACUUUUCUCUGAAAUGAAAGGACCAGGGCACCCAGGACUUUAGCAGUCAUCCAGUCUACUCUCCUUUGGCGCCCAGGGAAACUGAAGGCCCGAGAUGGGACGCAGACCAGGGAGGUUCUGAGCCUCCUUGCUCAGAACCUUCUGCGUCACUAACCCACUGGUUUUCAGUCUGACGUUCCCGUGAGCCUUCUUGUGCUAAACAAAGGCACUCACAUUUACGAAUGAAAGCUCUUUGUUUUGAUUGUGUCUGUAACUUUUUCUGAGUAAAUGAAGCAUGCUGUGGGAUCGGAAGAUAUGUUCCUAUGUGACAAUUUUUUAAAAAGUGUGUUAUUAUGCAUUUCUAUUUCCAAAUACAAAUUUUAAUUUAAAAUGA